UCCGAGAGACACGUGAGGCUCUGCGACGUCAUCACCAGCACGCGAAGGAAAAAUGGCGGCGGCGGGGGUUGUGAGCGGGAAGAUUGUAUAUGAACAGGAAGGGGUCUAUAUUCACUCAUCUUGUGGAAAGACCAAUGACCAAGACAGUUUGAUUUCAGGAAUAUUACGCGUGUUAGAAAAGGAUGCUGAAGUAAUAGUGGACUGGAGACCAUUGGAUGAUGCUUUAGAUUCUUCUAGUAUUCUCUACGCUGGAAAGGAUUCCAGUUCAGUUGUAGAAUGGACACAGCCCCCACAGGAAAAAGGUUAUCGGGGUUCAGAACAUCUGAACAGUUAUGAAGCAGAGUGGGACAUGGUCAAUACAGUUCCACUUAAAAAGAAACAACAUACCAAUGGAGAUGCUCCAAGUCAUAGAAAUGGGAAAAGCAAAUGGUCAUUCCUGUUCAGUUUGACAGACCUGAAAUCAAUCAAGCAAAACAAAGAGGGUAUGGGCUGGUCGUAUUUGGUAUUCUGUCUAAAAGAUGACGUCGUUCUCCCUGCUCUGCACUUUCAUCAAGGAGAUAGCAAACUACUGAUUGACUCUCUUGAAAAAUAUGUGGUAUUGUGUGAAUCUCCACAGGAUAAAAGAACACUUCUUGUGAAUUGUCAGAAUAAGAGUCUUUCACAGUCAUUUGAAAAUCUUCUUGAUGAACCUGCGUAUGGUUUAAUACAAAAAAUUAAAAAGGAUCCUUAUACAGCAACUAUGGUAGGAUUUUCCAAAGUCACAAACUACAUUUUUGAUAGUCUGAGAGGCAGUGAUCCCUCUACACAUCAACGACCACCAUCAGAAAUGGCAGAUUUUCUUAGCGACGCUAUUCCAGGUUUAAAGAUAAAUCAACAAGAAGAACCAGGAUUUGAAGUCAUCACAAGAAUUGAUUUGGGAGAACGACCUGUUGUUCAGAGGAGAGAGCCAGUAUCCCUGGAAGAGUGGACUAAGAACAUUGAUCCUGAAGGAAGAAUUUUAAAUGUAGAUAAUGUGAAGCAGAUGAUAUUUAGAGGGGGACUUAGUCAUGCAUUGAGAAAGCAGGCAUGGAAAUUUCUUCUGGGUUAUUUUCCUUGGGACAGUACCAAAGAGGAAAGAAUUCAAUUACAAAAACAAAAAACUGAUGAAUACUUCAGGAUGAAGCUACAGUGGAAAUCUGUCAGUGAGGAACAAGAGAAGAGAAAUUCAAGGUUAAGAGAUUAUAGGAGUCUUAUCGAAAAAGAUGUUAACAGAACAGAUCGAACAAACAAGUUUUAUGAAGGCCAAGAUAAUCCAGGGUUGAUUUUGCUUCAUGACAUUUUGAUGACCUAUUGUAUGUAUGAUUUUGAUUUAGGGUAUGUUCAGGGAAUGAGUGACUUACUUUCCCCUCUUUUAUAUGUGAUGGAAAAUGAAGUGGAUGCCUUUUGGUGCUUUGCUUCCUAUAUGGACCAAAUGCAUCAAAAUUUUGAAGAACAAAUGCAAGGCAUGAAGACCCAGCUCAUUCAGCUCAGUACCUUACUUCGAUUGUUGGACAGUGGAUUUUGCAGUUACUUAGAAUCUCAGGACUCUGGAUACCUUUAUUUUUGCUUCAGAUGGCUUUUAAUCAGAUUUAAAAGGGAAUUUAGUUUUCUAGAUAUUCUUCGAUUAUGGGAGGUAAUGUGGACCGAACUGCCAUGUAAAAAUUUUCAUCUUCUUCUCUGUUGUGCUAUUCUGGAAUCAGAAAAGCAGCAAAUAAUGGAAAAGCAUUAUGGCUUUAAUGAAAUACUUAAGCAUAUCAAUGAAUUGUCCAUGAAAAUUGAUGUGGAAGAUAUACUAUGCAAGGCAGAAGCAAUUUCUCUGCAGAUGGUAAAAUGCAAGGAAUUGCCACAAGCGGUUUGUGAGAUCCUGGGGCUUCAGGACAGUGAAGUUGCAACACCAGAUUCAGACACUGGUGAAGAUGAAAGCGUUGGCUUGACUAGUUGUCCUGCGUCUACAUUUCAGAGUGAUUCCUUGCCUGUACUUGCUACCAGUGGAGCCGGAGAUGACAGCACAACACAGAUAUCAGUGUCCCCAAAAGUUAGCAGAUUAACACCUGCAUGAUCAUUCUUCUUGCUUAAUUUUUGAAGAGACACUUUGUUGCAACCUUUUUCAAGUACUUGAAAGGUGGAAAUUUAAAAUCUUGGUAUUGAUCAUGCUUUAAGGUUUAUGGAAAGAAAGUGUACUGAUGUUCUUGCAUUAAAGCUUUACAAAGAUUUAAACUAAUUAUUUUUGUAGUUACUUCUACCAAAUAGCCUUUCCUUUUCAACAACAUUCCUUAGUAUUUUUAUAGCCAAGUACGUUUUAUUUUCUUGCUGAUGAACUGGAAUUGGAUAAAUAUUACAAGUGGAUGAGUUGGAAAUUAUGCACUUUGAAAAACAUUCACUUUGUUUACUCUAAGUUUAGUGGGGUUUGGAUUUGAUUAAAUUAAAUGUUAGGCCUUUCUAUAGCAUUCUAAGCUGAGAAGUAGAUUGUGUUACCCAAGUGAUGAAAUAAAAGAAUUUGUUUUUCUCUCUUGUUUACAACAGUACUCAGCUUAAAUAUUUAUGCUGGUUGAAUGUGAUUUAAAUUGGAUAUUUUCAUCAAUGCAAUUUAAUGUGUAGAUAAAAAGAGCUAUUUCAACCAUAAUAAGUGGAUUGGCAGUAUAUUUUUUACAUUGAACUUUUCUUCACUUGUAUAUAAAGACUAUAUAAUAAGUACUUAUUUAUGAGUAUAAGAAAGGAUAGGCGUAUUUUCUUUAACUGAAGAAACUUGACUAUUGAUUUAUAUAACCUGAUUUGACAAAAGUAGUACAUAGCUUCAAUAUGAGAUCUUUUUCAGAACUAUUUUCUUAACCAUUUAUUUCAUGAGACUACAUUCAACCCUGUACCUUGUGUAAUUUUAAAAUUAAUUGCCUGUAACCUCACUUUACUAAUAAUAUGUUUAUUAUCUUUCCUAAUAAUGCAUUAACUGAUUAAUCAGGUCUUUACAUUUUUAUAAAGUGCUCUUUGCAGAAAGCUUAUGUCAAAAAAUUCAAUAUACUAUCACGAGUCUCAAAAAAUACUUUUUUGUAUAUGAAUGAAGCUGUUGUUUUUACCAUGCAGUGUUGCAUGAUUUUAAGUUAUGUGGAAGUAACAUAACUGAUUCCGUUUUAAUUGUAAUUUGUUAACUCCUGUACAUAUCAUUAAAAUAAAUUUGAAGUUGAA